AAUAUUUAUUAAUUUUACUCUCGAUUAUAAACCGAUGGGGAAGACUUCAACGUAAUAUGACUUUCCGGGAACUCAGUUGGGAGUUGGUUGUACACAACGACAACGUCACUUUCCCUAUUUGGGUUUUGUUUUCGAUAAUAUCCAAAUCAAUUUUUAUUUUUGCUUUUGAUGCUACUUCGAGUGAGAAAAGAGUUUAAAUUUGUGCUGAAUUUACUCAGUUUUCUCAGUGAAAAGUACAAGACAACCUGAAUGUCAACAGUUACACAGCUUUGCCAGCUGUUAAUGCCGACAACUGUUAAUUUUGGUCUGGUGAUGCCGGUAGUAAAUGAUCUCAAUUCUUGGGAAUAUUUUCUAUUGAUCUAAUCGAAAGUGUUCAUGAUGGAACUGGCGACUCGUGCUUGUUCGGUUUCGUAACGGCUCAUUUCAAUGCCCCCAAAUCACUUCACUUUUCGGUAAUCAAAGAGUCAUGUUCCCAAUUAACAAAGAGUAUAAAUACCGAAACAAAAAGCACUCAGCGAGUCAGCGAUGCAAUAUUUGUUCAUCUUUUUUGCAGUCAACGAGUACAUACAGCGUGCUUAUAGCCAAAAAUAUCAUCGAUUUGCUAUAGGAAGAUAGUGGACAACAUGUGUGGUCCACGCUGGUCCACGCCACCAGAUGGCAACCUCAACGAGCUCAGAUAAAUAUAUACCUCAGAACUCGGACAUAAUGAUAAUACUCCAGGCUCCCCCCACAUAAUUGGCAUUUUUCUCAUAUUUGCGAUCGUUAUUAACGUACGUCCACUGUGCAAUUUGAACGCGAAGCAAAAUGGGCCGAUUUUCCACUUGACAUUUUAAACACAAAAUUAUUUUCUGAAAGAGCAAACUACAAAUAGUUAGAAAUUUCUGCGUAUUGAUGUCGUCAAAUGUGGGACUGAAUCAACCAAGAGGUUGAAAGAGGGAAACCCCUAAAGGGAAAACUUUGGGUACGAGGUUGGGACUGAAUAUGCAUGAUCUCGCUGAGUAGGCGCUGAAAUAUGCCACUUAUCAGUGCUUUAAGCACGUAAAUGGCCAGCUAGAACAUAGCUUGAAUUCCCGCAUACGAUGUGAAAUUAUACUUAUUUAGGAACUUCGCAAUUCGGGUUAUAUCUUCUGCAUUUCUAAUUAUCUCUAACCAAACCUGCAUUUUCAAGUUUCAGUUUAAUGUGGUCUUCGAACUUAGCUUGCGCAUAUCAGAUGUUCUUUCCUAGAUCAAAAAAUCAGCCUAAAAUGCAAAUUUUCUAUUCAAAAAAUAUAGUCUCCAGUCAACCCUAAGACUAUACGCACGUCUAUACGUUAAGACUAUACGCACGUCUUAAACUAUUUUCUAUUCAAAAAAUAUAGUCUCCAGUUAACCCUAAGACUAUACGCACGUCUUAAGUCUUUACGCACGUUUUAAAGAAAACUCUGUGAAGCCAGUAUACUGCCAUAUAGUCCACUCAUCAUGAAGUUCAAUACCAAAAUUUAAUAAGUCAAAGGAAUAAAGCAAGCAUACUGAUAAAUUCGUUAAUUUGAAAAGCAUUUCAGUUCUAUUUACUAAAUGGAAUUGUUAAAAUUAAAGAGACAGGAAACUUUAAAUUGGCUUCAGUAAUAGCGGAACUCAAUCGAAGGUCCGUUUCAUAGGAUUAAUUAGGCUGACUUGCAUACUAAACUAUCAUUGUCCUCGGCCCACAUUAUACAUACUUUUUAAGCGGAAGAACUUCGUUUGGAAGUUAUAGUAUACAUUCAAAAACGUAAUCUUUUGGUAUAGCAUGCGGCCUACUAUAUACUAACACAGAUAUUAAGAAAUUGAUUAUACGUAAGUGAAAAAGACAUUCCUUUAACAAUAGGUCAUUUGAUCACGGCCAUGUUAAUAUUUUAUAAACAUAGUUCAUUUAACAUUCAUCAUUGUUAUGCAUUAGUAUUUGACUUUAAACCGUCAAUGGCCUCAUUAUGACAAACUUCUUGCACUUUAACUCGUCCCCUUUUUGGGCCGAUUACCGCCAAAACCUCUUAACCGUUUUUACCCUUGUAACCCAUGCAGCUGUUUCCUUUCAGCCGUUGGCUUUGCUAAAGCUAUACAAGCUACUUCAUGAGAUAGCAUGCAUAAAUGCUGUUACAUCAUUUCAUUGAAUUCAUUCCAUGCACUUUCGGCAGUCAAUUUCACUUUAAAUUGUUCUUUCUUUGCCUGAGACAUAUCGGUGGCACCACUUUCGACCCAGGCCUACUUCCGUAAUCUCAACUUCCUUAAUAAUCUGUGUGGGAGCUCAAACAGUAUAUUUAAUUCCUCUGUAUAUUUGCGAAGAAACUGGAGUGUUCAUGCAGACAGUCGUUGUGUUUAGUGCUGUCUAGACUGUCUUGCGUGUUAACGAUAGUCGAUACUGUAACAGAAAGUCAGAUAAAGUCGUGGUUGCAAGUUGCAUAACACUUGUCGAAGAUUAACCCGCUGCCCACGAGAAGCCCACGGAUUAGCAUUCGAGGCUUGUAUAGAAAACACCGACCGUGUCUAUAUAUAUAUAUAUUUAUUUAUACAUAAGCUCGCUCGAAUGAGUCGAACAACAUGACGACACAAGUUAACGAAGAAUCGCUCAAUUCAAAUGCCAAUGAAACGGGGAACAAACGAGGGCAGACGGAAUCAAACAGGAGCUCGUCGCAAAACAGUGACAUUUUAGACCUGAAUGCUGAUAUGUCCUCUACGAUACAGUGCAUUUCCUGUAAUCGCGAGAUGCCAAUUUCGAGUGAAUCAUGUGUAUGUGGUCACGUUUUGUCGGAUAUCAAGUCUAUGGAAGGAAAACGAUACUCAGGAUAUCGAGAGGAACUGUACAGUCGUUUAGAGAUCAGAAGGAUUUUGGAAAACCACGAAAAGCCCAAGCGACCAAAACUAAAACAAAAAUCACACCCCGUAAAACAGGGCAUAACUAACACCUUACACAAGCCACAGAUGAAAAGACGUCACAAACGCAAGUCACCAGGCUCACUGACGGAGCACACAAGAUAUGAGCACACACAUCACAAGGUGAACAGACCUGAACAGUCUAAAAUUGAGGAUAAUCCAGGUAUCUGGUAUCUGAAUCCGCGAUUUAACUUCAAGGACGCUUUAGCGGACAUUAAUAAGAGAUUAACAAGUCAAACCUCAUUUUGGAUAAGCCUAUGAAGAGACGAAAAAGGAGAUCAAAAAAGAAUGAAAAUGGGGUGGAACGUCAGGGUGGUUUACGACUGAAUAUAUUCCAUAAAAUUCUAUGUGUUGUAAUGUAAUUCACAUUUCCACAUAACUUAAGGCCGUGUUACGCAGUGCAAUUUUUCUUGAAACUUGCAAUGCGAUUCCACUUUCGAGAGAUUUGAAAUUUAUCAAGUACAAAACUUUUGCGUUUAUUACACUGAUGUUUUUUAUACAUAGUCGUAGAUUUUGAAACCUCCUGACUAAUUUACAUCUAUCGAAAGUAGAAUUGCAUUGGAAGUUGCAUGAAAAUUGCAUCGUGUAACACGGCCUUUAUCAUAUUUACAACGGAAAAAUCUUUAUCAAAACUAUACUUUGGUAUGUAAAAACGCGAAGGUGGAAGUCAACGCCACUGUAAAUUAAUGCAUUAAAGACAAUAGAUAACAAGGUAUUUCAUCUUUAUCUAUUGUUUUAAAUGCAUAUUGAACAAAUGUAAAAUGCCACGUUUAAAACAGGCUUAUAUAUUAUUUAUUGCAUAUACGCACAGUUUUGACUUUUGACUCGAAGCUUAGCUUCGGAAAAUUGUUUUGAAAAUGGUUAACAAUCAAGACGAAACCUAUCGCUAUGCAGCAGAAUAUGGUCUAUAGCUAGUAUACGUAUGUCAAUGUAAUUUAGUACUUUGGUCAAUAGACUAAAGUGUAGUAUACAAGGCUAUAGCAUGG